GGGCCCGGCGUCAGGCGCGCUCCCGCCGCCGGCGGCGGGGCCGCGCGAGGCGGGGGCGGCGGCGGCACCGGGCGGGCGGGAGGGGACGGGAGGGGACCGGGACAGGUGCGGCAGCGCCACCGCGGCCCGCCGGGGCUCGGCGGCCCCACCACCGGCCUCCCGCGCACCGCCGACGCCGGGUCGCGCCGCCCGGCCGCGCGCCGUCAUCCCGGUGCGGCAUCACUCAGUCACCGCCAUCCCUCGCGCUGCUGAGGCCUCGGCGGGAGCAGCACCGGGAGCAGCUGCCGCCGCGUUUCCCGAGGACCGGGACGGUGCCGGUGCCAUGAAGGAGGACGGCCAGCAUCCCGUCGACCUGGGUUACGCCAUCACCAAACCCGACAUCCUGGCCGAGGUGGAGCGAGGGGACGAGGGGACGGCGGCGGCGGCAGCGGGGCAUUUCGGGGAGCACCAGAGCCCCCGGCCACAUGCGGCACCCGCCGGGCCCCCCCAGGGGGACUGGCAGGGGAAGGAGGUGAAGCGUGAGGACGGGGUGUCCCCACCGCCGUGCUCCCCCCCGUCCCGCCACACCGGCCCCGCCGACUUCCUCGCCCCGCUGCGGGAGCGGGGCUGCAGCUACUGCGGCGUCCUCGAGCCGGAGGCGAGUCCCGGUGCCGGUACCGGGGGCUUCAUCGCCACACCCCCCGCCUUCGAGAGCCGCCGCUGCCGGCCCGGGGAGCCGCUGCUGGAUUGUGCCGAGUGCGGCCGAGGCGUCGGGCAGAAGCCGGACCUGGUGCGGCACCGGCUGGGCCGUGGCACGGAGCUCGGCCACGCCUGCGGCCGCUGCGCCAGAGCCCUCGCCGAGCCGGCGGGGCUGGGGGCCACGGGCAGCCCCCACCGCCCGGGGCCCUGCUCCGGGCGCUCCCCGGGCGCGGCGGAGGGCGCGGCGGCGGCGCCGCGGAAGGAGCGCAAGGAACUGUCGCUGACCGAGAAGGUGCGAGUGCUGGAGAUGCUGGAGGGCCCCAAGGUGUCGCAGAGCGAACUGGCCAAGCGCUUCGGGGUGUCGCAGCCCCAGAUCUGCCGCAUCAUCAAGAACAGGGAGCGCAUCCUGAGCGAGUGGCACCGCAACGGCGACCCCGAGCGCAAGCGCAAGCGGGAGGGGAAGGACGCGGCGCUGGAGGCCGCGCUGCUGCGCUGGGUGGAGGGCGCCCGCGCCGCCGACCUGCCCGUGGGCCGCCCGCUGCUGCAGCUCCGGGCCCGGCACCCGGCCCGGCCCGACCCCGAGCCCAGCGGCGGCUGGCUGGCUCGCCUGGGCGCUCGCCACGGCCUCGCCGGCAAGAAGCCACCGGCGGAGAAAGGAGACGCGGAGCAGCCCACGGCGGAGCACUGGGCCGGCGCGGUGCUGCCCGGGCUCCUCCGUAGCUACGCGCCCGCCGAGAUCUUCGCCUGCGGGGAGACCGCGGUGCCGCUGCCGGGCGGCAGCCCCGGUGAGGGCGAGGGCCCCGGCGAGCGGCUGACGCUGCUGCUGUGCGCCAACGCCAGCGGCUCGGAGAAGGUGCCGCUGCGGGCGGUGGGGGACAGCCCCCGGCCGCGCUGCCUGCGGGGCGUCAACCUGGAGCAGAUGCCGUGGAGCUACCGCGCCGGCGGCCCGGCCGGCCUGACCGCCCCGCUCUUCGCCGAGUGGCUGCGGGAGUUCAACGAGGGCAUGCGGCGGCAGGGCAAGAGCGUCCUCCUCCUGCUGGCCAAGCACGAGGCGCACCCCUACCUCCCGCUGUCCAACGUCAGGAUGGUCUUCGUCCCGCUGGCCGCCGCCCUGGCCCAGCCCCUGGACCGCGGCAUCGCCACCGAGCUCAAGGGCCACUACCGGCGGCGGCUGCUGCGGUGGCUGCCGGCGGAGCGCGGCGUGGCCCAGCCCAGCCUGCUGGAUGUGCUGCACAUGCUGGCGCAGGCCUGGGGCGACGUCCCGCCGGGGCUCAUCGCCGGCUGCUUCCGCGCCGCCGGCUUCACCCCCGCCGCCGGCGCCGAGGCCGUGUCCCUCACCUUGGCCCCCGGCCCGCUCAGCCGGGAGCGGCUGGAGCGCGACGGGGACGCGGCGGAGGCAGAUGGGGACGAGGGGACAGCGGAGGGUGAGGACGCGGGCGAGCUGGCGGCUGUGCCACCCUGCCCCUCGGAGCGGGAGGUCUGGAGGAGCCUGGCCACGCUACGGCGGUACCUGGAAUGCCAGGCCACCUCACCGGACCUCUUCCAGGCCUUCUACGAGCUGGAGGACGCGGUGCACAUGGUGGCAGCCGGCGCAGGGCGAGCCUCUCUCGGGGACAGCCCUCCCCGGCAGUGACCGGGCGGUUGCGUGUGCCUGGGAGAGGGGCCGGCGCUCACCGGGGCUGUCCCCGGCCCGGUCUGGCCGCUGUUCCCUGCAGUUGUGCCGUGGGGUUUGCCGUGGGAUGUGUGGCCCCAUGGGAUCACCGUGUGUGGGGGCUGUGCAGCCGCCACGCUCUGGGUGUCACCCAUGGGGCGCUGGGGACACAAGCCUGCUGCCAGGACCUUCUCCCCGAGGGUGGCUGCUGCAGCCAGUGGGAAACGGUGUGGAGCUGCUGCCAGCAGGGAUUUGCCCGGAGUGGGGUGGUUGUGACUGCCAUGGGGGAUGUGGGUGGGGCUGGGGUGUCCCCAUGCUGGGGACAGCAGCUCCUUCCCACGGGGACAUGGGGUGCCACCGGCUGCUGUCACCACG